CUUGAUGAAUGCCAAACCAGUGCCAUAAAACAGUCAAAUGGGACAACUAAGGGAAGGGGAUGACAAGGAUCAAAGACAAUUCAUGGAAACAGCUGAGCGCUUUUGACAGCCAACAGUGGUGCCAGUCAAAUGUGCAAGAAGACGAGGACAGGCUGAGUGGUCCACAGAGAGAGGCGGUGUCGGGGAUCGAGGAGCGAUGGAUGACCCCCUUCAAUACAUCCAAGUUUUACUUCCACAGGAGAAUGUGGGUGGAGCAGCGCCGGAUCCAUGUUAACCAGUCCCAGCUGCUCUGCAGAGAUGGCUGUGGGUAUUACGGGAAUCCCGCCUGGCAAGGCUACUGCUCCAAGUGCUGGCGUGAGAGGAAGGCCAAGCAGCCGGCCUCAAGGCCUCGCACUAAUGCAGAAGUGGAGAAUAUUGUGUCUCUGUCUGGAGUCAAGAGAGAAAACAAGGCGAAGAUCGUGAGAGGACUCUUCAGCAGUACCAAGAUGGCGCCAAAGCAGGGAAAUGGCACAGCACACGCUGUAGAUCCUAAAUCUGGCGACGCCGACCCACCUAAAGCUUCCUCUCCCAAGUUGCCGGCCGAUUUCACGGAGUUCCUGAAGUUUCUACGCAAGCCGUCGGCCCAGAACUUCCAUCAGCACUGCAUGACUUUCCUGAAGAUGCUGGAAACUCGCAGGGACAUCACAAUACAGAAGCAGGCAGAAAUGGUGCAGGAUUUCUACCAGAGUACUGCAAGCCACUUCCAGAAUUACUCCGAUAAGCAGAGACACCAAAUGAUGGAACACAUUGAGAAGCUGCUGAUGACCCAAUUGUACAAGUUUGUCUUCUGCCCAGACUGCUCCGACGACGAGCAGAAGGAUCUUUUUCUCCAGAAGAAGAUAAGGUCGCUCCAGUGGGUUACACCCUGUAUGCUUGGUGUUCCAGGCCUUGAGAAAAAGUCUGAAACCGGCGAUCACAUCCUCUCUGCCAUGACAGCGAUAAUCGAGAUGGAUGCCAGACGUGCCCCUCAGGACAAACUAUCCUGCAUCUGUAAGUGCUGCCAGCAUGUGUUUGCUGCUCUAGCAGAAGCCAAUUCAGAACCAGCAAACGCAGACGACUUCUUAUCCAGCCUCAUCCUGGUGGUCCUAAAAGCCAACCCACCACGCUUGCACUCUAACGUCCAGUAUGUGGUUCGCUUUGGGCUUCCACACAACCUCAUGGCCGGAGAGUCAGCUUACAAUUUUACAAAUCUGUGCUGCGCUGUCACUUUUAUUGAGAAGCUGGAUGGUCCUUCCUUGAAUCUCUCUGAAGAUCAGUUCCAAGACUACAUGCAAGCUGGGAGGUCAGCCUCUCUGCAGGAGUCUGUGACCACAAACCACUUGAGCAGUGUGCAGAAGGCCUGGAGGAACAUCGAGCAGCUUGCAGAGCUUCAGGGACGACAAGAACGACUGACACUGGGAGUUCAAAACAUGCAGAAAGAGCUGGAUGAGUGGGUACAGUCUGUAAAAGAACAGGUGGAGACUGUGAUGUCAGGCAGCUGAUGGAUGAUCUGCACAGCACUGUUGGCUCUGGCUCAAUGGCAUAUGAAGGAAGACUACAGACUAACUACGGGUUAACGUCCACAAAGUGUGAAGUUGAUUUAAAGACAUCAAAUCAACACGCAGAACUGCCCCUGAACCAAAGAACAGCAUGCUCUUUAAACCGAAGCCCAUGUGACCUUUACAACGCGAAUACGUCGUUACUUAAUUUGCAGAUCAAGGAUGCCAUGACACAGCUCCACUUUACUGACCGCACACAAUCCAACCAGAGGUAGCACUGGGGCAGCCUCAUCUGACAGUGUGGAUGUGAUCACAAAACUGGUUUUCAUGAUGGCUCUUAAUAAUCCCCAGCUCUGAGGCUGGGGAUCUGCACUGGCAAUCAGAAGGUUGCCGAUUCGAAUCCCGUAAAUGCCAAUAGAGACUCUGCUCCACUGGGCCCUUAACCUGCAAUUGCUGAGCGCUUCAAGUAGUGAGAAAAGCGCUAUAUAAAUAUAAAGAAUUAUUAUUAACCAACGCCUCUUACUACUUCCAUCAUUGUGAAAGGAAAGAUUGUGGAAAACGGUCUCGUCCUCAUAGAGACUGCCAGUGUCUUGACAGUGGCAUAGCUGCAUUAAAAUGCUGAACCAUAUUCUUUUUUUUUUCCCCCUCAUUCUUCACAAAUUUAAGAUAAUCAGCUACUUUUGUGGUAAAGGAGUCCACAGUGGGUACAUUUAAGUGUGAGCCAUACGUUCUAAGCUUUGGACACACCUCACACUGUGAUAAGGGAGUCAUGGUCUGUGAAGAGAGUUCACUCAUUUGUAGAGUGGCUCGUCAGUUCCAUUUCUUCAUGGUCCUCUGGCUCUACUCCUGCGGCCCCUCAUUCAGCCUUCAUGCACUCAUUCUUAGGAUUGAAGGGUGGAGUAAACAAACAAAAAAAAAAAAACUCACUUCCCCAAAAAUAACUGCAAACCGUUCAAACUGCUGACACUUGGGCAGGAGCGGCACACAGAAGUAAACCUUCAUUCCUGGGACCAAGCAGCCCCUAGGAGUAGUUAGGCAAGACCACCACAUCUCCGACUCUUACCAAUAAGCAAGCGCAUGAAGACGGGUUGACUUGGAUAUGGUCGUUUAAGACACGGCUACAAAGUAUCGCCAAGGUGAUAGAAAGAUGGAAAUGGCAUUGGGGGCAAGAUAUAUAAAAUGGUUUUUCAUUUUAGGCCAAAGUUCCUCACUGGAGAAUUAUGAUGGGUAUGGAGGAUCGACUACUUGAGACAACUGCUACUUUCUACGUCAAACUACUAGUAUGAAGACAAAUGUGAAUAAGGACUAAUUGAAAACCCUUUUACAGAACACAGCCCCUCUCAUGGAGGUCACACAGACCUUCUCUUUUGGGUCAGUAAUGAUGUGCAUCCUCUCCAUGUCUAUAGUGACUUUUAGGUUUUGUGUCCCCUUUUAGUUCUGACACAUCUGGAGGGGUGUGAUUCUGUUUAUCAUCUUAACUAAACAGAAAGCAGACAGCAGACAUAGGCAAUCAUGCUGGCAGAAUACUUACAAACACAGCCACGGUCCCGCUGCUACCUCUGCUCACUGGUUCCUUUGUUUCACUCGCCAGUUCUUAUAGCUCAUAUUAGUCUCUCCUAGUUCCCUCAGUUUUGGCCAUUUUGAUACCCACGCACUUUUUCCGACAGAGAAGAGCAGGCCACUCGUACUGCAUCUGUCCAAACAGAACACAACUCCCAGCUGGCAAACCCCUUUUCCAGUUCAUCUAUCUAUGAUAAAACGCAGCAGAGUCUUAGUUGUUCGUCAUGGACGUUACAGAUGGUCCUUUGCUUGCAGAUGAACGACAGACAAGGCUGAAAUCCUUUUAAGUCCUUAAGGUCUUGAGGUGAUAGAUAAUCUUACACAAGCCACUGGUUGCUCCUAGGAAGUGCAGCGACCCUCCAAUCUGCAAAGAGACGCGCGAAUGUCACUGCACACAUGCCUGCUCUAUAGUGACACGUACCAACAGUGCAGCUUAUCCACUAGACUUACAUGGAGUGCUCUGAGAAUGUACAAUCAAGACCUGCAAAUUCAUUUUCUUCUUCAGCUCGGCUACCAGGAAGCUUAAGCACCUCUUGUCGAGUGUCCACCUCUAACCCCUUUUGGCUUGUGUGCUCUUCGGGCCUACACUGAAACAAUAAACACUUGUUUUUAGGCGUAGUAUUUUCCACGUGUUCAGAGUACAAUGAAAUUCUGACAAACGGCCAACACAUGUCAUUUUAUAGACGGAGUUUCCAAGUUUACCUGUUUCUGCUAUGCCGAGCGAGGGGCCACCAGGAGGUGCAGCUUAUUCAGAUGUUCUAGCGGAUGACAGUCAUCCAGUAACCUAAAAUGAACAAAGAAAACACAACUUAAGACCAUCAGUGAGGAAAUGGAGAGAAAACAGCAAAGUGCUCAAAGAUCGGAGGCAGCAGUUUAGUUCCUCACCUCCUCCUCUGUGCGACCCCUUCAAUGAAGCUGGGGGGACGACAAAAAUUAAUACAUUUACACUUUUAGCACAUAUGGAAGUGAGUGGAGGGACAACCUUUUAUUGAACAUGCAUAAUAACUUGCUUUAGUAACCAGAUCAGAAUACAGAACAUAGCAACAUUUGUCUCUUUUACAGAUUGGGCCCCACUUUAAAAUUCUCUAAAAAAUAAACUUACAAACAUUUUUUUGCCAAUAAACAGAAAAUCUAUUGUUUAAAA